AUGGAACCAAUGAGGCCGAAUAUCCCACCGCUGAAGAUCGUCAAGUCGAAUUCGAACAUAUCUGUAUUGACUACAUUGCCGGACCAAGACGACUCGAACCAUACGACGGCUCGCUUCUAUUCGCAUACCCUCAGCCAGUCUGAGAUGACCCCGCCGUUGACACCACAAGUGACUAUGCAACUCGAACCCAAUAUGGAACCCUCAGAGGCCCCACGAGCCGUCUUUCACAACUACCUGCGCGCCUUCUAUCCUUUUCAUCCCGCCGGAGAUGUCUCCCCAUCGACGGUCACUCUCCCUCUGGACCAGGGGGAUAUCAUCCUGGUCCACUCCGUUCACACCAAUGGCUGGGCCGACGGUACCUUACUAGAUUCUGGGAAUCGAGGCUGGCUCCCUACCAAUUACUGCGAAGCAUACGACCAAUUGCCCAUGCGCCCCUUGUUAAAAGCACUGACCGACUUCUGGGAUAUCAUUCGAGGAGGAUGUGGGUCAUCACUGAAGGAUUUUGGAAAUCAAGAUUUGAUGCGAGGCCCCAUUGCCGGCGUCCGAUUUCUUCUGGAGAAAUCUGAGUGCUUGACCCGAGAAGCAGCCCUCAUCAAGAAGUAUGACGGGCUACGGAGGAUCCGCAAGGCCUUGCUUUCCGAUCUCUCGUCACUGGUGAAGUCGGCCAAGAAGUUCCAGGAUGUCGCCAAUGGCACCCCGGCGGAAGAUGAAGUCGAGGCUAUCUUGGAUGAGAUGCUCCUCAAGGCAUUCAAGAUCGUCACCCGUGGCGUUCGUUUCCUCGAUGUUUGGAACGAGGAGGUUGGCUUGGGCAGGACCAUCGCGGAGCUGGAGACAGCUGCUCCCCAGUACGACAUGCCCCCGACACCAGCGUCCGAGACCUUCACUCUUGCAGAUAUUGCUUCGACAUCCGAUACCGGCACAGAGCGAACCGAGUCCCGACAGAUAAGCCACAGCCGUAUGGACUUGAGCCGAGCGUCGGUGCGGACCGAGAUGCUGGAUCACUCAUCCAGACGCAUGUCGGUCUCGACAAAGCGUAUCUCAGUGUCCCAUCGGAUCUCGUACUCUGGUCCGUCGUCUGCCAUUUGUGCACAGAACCUGGCAUCCGAGCGACUGCGAACGACGUAUGAUGCGUUCCUCGGGGUGCUGGGAUCUUUUAUCGGCCUCCACAUGCAGUCGCGCUCGUCCACAGAGCUGGUAGUUACAACCCAGCAGGCCGUCCAGUCCUGCCGGGCUCUCCUUAAUGUGGUUGAAGCUGUCUCGGAGCACGACACCCAGCGUAGUGUCUUUCUUGAGGAGGCACGCGAGUCAAUGUGCGAGAAGCUCUCGGAGCUGGUCCAGGCCGCACGCGACGUGUUCCGCCCUGCCAACACUCACGACGACGACGAGCUGGUCUUCAUGCCGGAUGAGGGCAAGCGCCUGGUCGAUGCUGCAACAGAUUGCGUCCGCGCUGCAGGCAAUUGCCUAGCCAAAGCUCGCCUGGUGCUGGAGCAAAUAGGAGAUAUCGAGCUAGACCCCGAAGAGGCGGAAACCAGUACCAACCAAGGAGUGCCGGGCAUUGUCACCUCACAAGCAUCGCCUGACGUCCCGACCGACCAGGAGAAACCGCAGGAGCUGUCGCGUCGCCUUCCCCCGCCGCCUUUGACAAUUCCAAACGCGACUUACUCGCCGUCCACUCCUGGCCUCACCGACGCUACCACACCCUCAUCCUUCCAAUCGCACCUCGCCUCCUCCACCAGCCCCGCCCUUCCUUCUGCCUUGUCCUCUCUCCCAAACUCUGCCGUCCUCCCCACCCAGCUUGAACAAGGCUCCUUCUCUUCAUACGACAGCGGCCACCGUGAAAGUCACCCCAAGUCCGACAUAAGCGAAUCCUUCGGCCGAGGUGUCACAAGCACGGGUAGCAGCUUCACUUACCACAGCCACACACGCGACUCCGAGAUGAGUGGUCUGUCGCAGACUUCCACCCGGGCCACCUCCCCUGACAUUGGAGGCAGCUUCCAUGGCAGCUUCCAGGGGCCCUCGCUCAAGGAGAGUGUCAGCCACUCCACCUUAGCCGAGGAGAAUGAGGAGACUGAGGCCCACCUGCUCGAGAAGACCUACGCUCAUGAGUUGGUCUACAAGGAGGGCCAUGUCAUGGGUGGCAGUCUGCGUGCUCUCAUUGAGAAGCUCACUGCUCACCAGUCUACCCCAGACGCCUUGUUUGUCUCUACCUUUUACCUCACCUUCCGCCUCUUCGCUACUCCUCUGGAGUUUGCUGAGGCCCUCGCUGAGCGUUUCGAGUACAUUGGUGAGACCCCACAUGCUGCCGGACCGGUUCGGUUGCGCGUUUACAACGUGUUCAAGGGCUGGCUCGAGUCACACUGGCGUCAUGACCGGGACGACUCCGCCCUCGAGUUCAUCAUGACCUUUGCGAAGACUCGCUUGAUGACCGAUCUCCCCACUGCUGGCAAGCGCCUCCUCGACCUGGCGGACAAGGUGUCCGCCGUCCAUGGCCCUGUGGUGCCUCGCCUAGUCUCGUCUAUGGGCAAGACGAACACUGCCAUCGCUCAAUACGUUCACCCUGAUACCCCCCUCCCUGCCCCCAUCCUUGGAAAGAAGGAGGCCAAUUUGCUGAAGCAAUGGAAGACGGGCGAAGCUUCGAUCACUAUCCUGGACUUCGACCCGAUGGAGUUGGCUCGCCAGCUAACUAUCAAGGAGUCUCGCAUCUUCUGCUCCAUUCUUCCCGAAGAGCUUCUGGACACCGAGUGGACUCGCAAAUCUGGCUCGUUGGCGGUUAACGUCCGCGCUAUGUCAACCCUGUCGACUGACCUCGCUCACUUGGUGGCCGACUCCAUUCUCUACCUGGAGGAGCCCAAGAAGCGGGCUGCCACUAUCAAGCACUGGGUGAAGAUUGCUAGCAAGUGCUUGGAGCUGAACAACUAUGAUUCCCUCAUGGCUAUCAUUUGCUCCCUGAACCUGUCUAUGAUAUCUCGUCUGAAGCGGACUUGGGACAUCGUCUCCCAGAAGACCAAGACUACCCUGGAGCAGCUCCGCAGCAUCGUGGAUGUUUCCCGUAACUAUGCCGUGCUGCGCCAGCGCCUACAGAACCACGUCCCCCCGUGCCUACCCUUCGUCGGAACCUACCUAACCGACUUGACCUUCGUUGACCACGGUAACCAGUCUCUCCGCUCCCUCCCCACGGAUGACGGUGAGAUGGCUGUGAUCAACUUCGACAAGCACAUGAAGACGGCCCGAAUCAUCAGCGAGCUCCAGCGGUUCCAGAUCCCCUACCGGCUCACCGAGGUCCCCGAACUGCAGACCUGGAUGCAGAACGAGCUGGUGCGUGUGCGUUCGAACGGCGAGUUAACCGCGCAGACGUUCUACCGGCGGUCGCUGGUCCUCGAGCCGAGAGAGCCCUCGCGCAGCGGUGGCAACCUACAAGCCCUGGCCCAGGCCCAGGCCCAGAGCCAGACCCAGGCCGGAUCUCAAUCCCAGUCUGAGUCGUCCCCACCCAACCCCUCCAUCCUGGAGAACGCCAAGGACAAAUUCGACUUCUUGUCCUGGACAAAUCCCUCAAAGCCAAAGUCGGUCGUGACGAACGGCUAA